UAGCAGUGUCUUUAUAUGCAUGUGAUUGGAUUAGUUGUGCAUCUUCAUUACUUCUGCAAGCCAGAGACGCUAAUCUCGCUGACGGAAAAGAGCCGAAUGAACGGCUAGCGGUGGGCGGAGUCACAGCUUACAAAUACUGGCCCUGAAACCCAGCAUCCACUCCCUCUUUAACUGAACACACAACAUUAGCUGCAUCUGAACACAGACGGCAGACAGAAUGAGUCCCAAACACGUCAUCUACAAGAAACUCUCCAGAGACAAGUCUGUGGGCGUUUACAUGGGGAAGCGGGAUUUCGUGGAUCACUGUGAGUUUGUUGAUCCUGUCGAUGGUGUUGUGCUGAUCGACCCCGAGCAGGUGAAAGGAAAGAAAGUCUAUGUCAUGCUGUCCUGUAUGUUCCGGUACGGUUGGGAUGAUAUGGAUGUGUUGGGGAUGGCGUUUCGCAGGGAUAUCUUCCUGAGCUCUCCACAGGUCUAUCCUCCUCUGCAGGACAAGGAACGCAGCAUUCAUACCAAAGUACAGGAGAAGAUCCUGCGCAAACUCAGAGACAACGCAUACCCCUUCUUCUUUGAGUUUCCAGAUAACCUGCCAUGUUCAGUGUGUCUGCAGCCGGGGCCCACAGAUGUAGGAAAGCGUUGUGCAGUGGAGUUUGAGGUGAAGGCCUUCUGUGCAGAAAAUCAAGAUGAAAAAGCCCAAAAGAGGAGCUCGUUCCGGUUGGCCAUCAGAAAGAUCCAGUACGCUCUAGAUAAAGGAGGCGCAGCUCCAUCGGCCGAAACCACCUGUGAGUUCAUCAUGUCUGAUAAACCGCUGCACAUGCGGGUCAGUCUGGAGAAAGAGACGUAUUACCAUGGAGAGGAGAUCAACAUCAGCGUGGACAUCGACAACAGCUCCAACAGGAACGUGAAGGACUUGGCAGUCUCAGUGGAGCAGGUCACUAAUGUGGUGCUUUACUCUAACGACAAGUACGUCAAAACUGUGGCCUAUGAGGAAACCACGGACACUGUGCCGUCUGGUACGAGUCUGAAGAAGGUUUACACACUCUGUCCUCUACUGGACAAUAACCGUGAGAGACUGGGACUCGCUCUGGAUGGAAAACUAAAGAAUGAGGACACUAACCUGGCCUCCUCCAGCAUUGUAAAGGACGAAGUUCUGAAGGAGAUUCUGGGCAUGUUGGUGGCCUAUAGGGUGGUGGUGAAAAGUAAUGCAGCCGGCAUCGUUGGAUCCAGUGAAGUUGCCGUGGAGGUUCCCUUCAAACUCAUGCAUCCCAAACCUGAUCCUGAGAGUGAAGACACAACUGACCUGGUGUUCGAGGAGUUUAAACGCUCCUAUCUGAAAGGAGUCAUCGGCGACGAUGACGAAUCUCCGGCUGAGCCUUGAGAGCCUUCUCCAUGGAAAGUGCUCACAGACGACACGUAUAAGUGUUUUGUGUAGGCAGACUUGUGCGUUUAAAGAUUCGUAAGCAUUUAUGGAUGCAUCUUAAAGGGUUAGUACACCCAAA